AGCUGGAGGUUCAGCUCAGACAGGAGAGAGCUCACAGACACACACACACACACACACACACACACUCUCCCUCUCCACUUCUCUCUCUCACACACACACACACACUCAGCAUCUCCUCCACACAAUGGAGCGGUCAGGCUAGCUCGGCUCGGCUCAGCUCGGAGUCCCCAUACGGAGCGCAGCGCAGCGGCGGGAGGAUCACGGAGCAGCCGUCGCAGUGCCGGAGUCUAAGAUGCCCUAGACGGGGAGAAGGGAAAUGUAAAUGGCUUCCAAGGUGAAAGAUGCCGUGGUGUGGUACCAGAAGAAGAUCGGCGCCUACGACCAGCAGAUAUGGGAGAAAUCGGUGGAGCAGAGAGAAAUAAAGUUCAUUUCUCUGGGCUUGAGGAACAAGCCCAAGAAGACGGGCCACGUGAAACCGGAUCUCAUAGACGUGGACUUGGUCCGAGGUUCCGCCUUCGCUAAAGCCAAGCCGGAGAGUCCGUGGACGUCGCUGACCAGGAAGGGCAUCGUCCGGGUCGUCUUCUUCCCGUUCUUCUACCGCUGGUGGAUCCAGGUCACCUCCCGAGCCAUCUUCCUCCUGCUGCUGGCUCUCUAUUUGCUGCAGGUGGCGGCGGCCGUCCUGUACGUCACCAUCUCCCAGCCUCAUGGCAUCCCGGCCACCGAGGUGUUCGGCGCCAUCUGGCUCAUGCUGCUGCUGGGCACCGUGCACUGUCAGAUCGUCUCCACCCGGACGCCCAAACCCGCCUCCGGCGGCGGCGGCAAGAGACGCAGGAAGUUGAGGAAGGCAUCUCAGAUGGAGGUGCAUAGGGAAGGCGACGGGUCUAGCACUACCGAUAACACACAGGAGGGGGCGCCACACUCCCACUCAGCCAGCACCACAUACAGCCUGGGCGCUUUCUUCCAAGAUUUCUGGCAUGAUAUCUGUAAAGCUGGGUCGAAGAAGUCCAAGCUCUCCAUCGACAAGUCGACGGAGACGGACAACGGCUACGUGUCGCUGGACGGCCGCGUGACCAACCGCAGCAGCGAGGAGGGGCUGCAGCUGCACGAGCAGCGCUGCGACCUGCUGAACCGGGCCGACGAGGCGUGCUGGAGCUCGCUGGUGCAGCCCGUGCACGCGCACGCCGCCCGCAGCUCGGGCCUCAUGCUGCCCGGCGGCGCCAAGGAGCCGGCGUCGGACGAGGCCUCCAGCGAGGAGGACCCCGAGGCGUCCUACAGCGCCCUCCGCAGGGGGGUGGAGCGCAUGAACAGCGAGUGCACGCUCCGGAACCGCAAGAGCUCGCACCAUUACAAGAAGCACUACGCCGUGGAGGACGUCCCGAAGUCCGGCACCAGCUGCAGCUCCAGGUGUUCCAGUCUGAGGACCCAGGACUCGGAGAGCACUCGGCACGAGUCGGAGACGGAGGACCUGAUGUGGGAGGACUUCCUGCACUGCGCGGAGUGCCGGUCGUCCUGCACGUCGGAAACAGAGGGCGAAGGAGGGGGAACGCCGGUGUGUCCGCCUGCAAAGAAGGAAUACAGAGACGACCCUUUCCAUCAGGGUCACAUUCCCUGGCUGCACAGCUCCAACCCCGGCCUGGAGAGGGUGAGCGCCAUCGUGUGGGAGGGGAACGAGUGCAAGAAGGCCGACAUGUCGGUGCUGGAGAUCAGCGGCAUGAUCAUGAACAGGGUCAACCUCUACACUCCCGGCAUCGGCUAUCAGGUGUUUGGAAACCUGGUUGCCGUCACUCUCGGACUCACUCCCUUCGCCUACAGGUUGGCUCAGUACCGCGAGCUGGAUCAGCUGACCACGCUCUCAGCCAAUGAGCUGCUGUCCGUGGCUCUGGGGGGCGGGUCCGGAUCCGGCGCCAUGGUCAUCACCAUGGUGACGCUCAGCUUCCUGGUCCGCGUCUGCCUUAUAUGGCUCUUCUUCUUCCUGCUCAGCGUGGCAGAGAGGACAUACAAACAGAGGCUGCUGUUCGCCAAACUGUUUGGUCACCUGACUUCAGCACGCAGAGCCAGGAAGUCUGAAGUCCCUCAUUUCAGACUGAAGAAGGUUCAGAACAUCAAGAUGUGGCUUUCGCUGCGCUCCUACCUGAAGAGACGAGGCCCUCAGCGCUCAGUGGACGUCAUCGUGUCGUCGGCCUUCCUGCUCACGCUGUCCGUCGUCUUCAUCUGCUGCGCUCAGCUGCUCCACGUGCACGAGACCUUCCUGGAGUGCCACUAUAACUGGGAGCUGGUGAUCUGGUGCUCCAGUCUGUCUCUGUUCCUGCUCCGGUUCGUCACUCUGGGCUCCGAGACCAGCAAGAAGUACAGCAACACCUCCAUCCUGCUCACCGAACAGAUCAACUUGUAUCUGAAGAUGGAGAAGAAGCCAAACAAGAAGGAGGAGCUGACGCUGGUCAACAACGUCCUGAAACUGGCCACCAAGCUACUCAAGGAGCUGGAUACGCCGUUCAGGCUCUACGGUUUGACCAUGAACCCUCUGCUGUACAACAUCACGCAGGUGGUCAUCCUGUCGGCCGUGUCGGGGGUCAUAUCCGACCUGCUGGGGUUCAACCUGAAGCUGUGGAAGAUCAAAUCGUGACAGUGAACCGGAGCGUGGACGGCGGCGGCGGCGGCGGCGUGGAAAGCCCCGCCCCCUCCCGGACCGACUGACUGACUGAACGCCCGUCUGACUGACUUGCAGGUCGACUCACUGAAGGACUGAACGUCAGUCUCUACAUAUCAGCGUGCUUUGACCUUCAACCUUCCCACUCUGUGCAAUCCACAAACUAUUUAUUUACCCACUCAGUGUUUUUACUUUAGGCUUUAUUUGAAUUCUAGUUUGUUUUAUUUCCGUUGUGUUCUGUGACACCGAGGCGACGUUUCCCAGAUCUUACCCGCCUGCGCACAAGUGUGAGUAUUAUUACCAACAUGAAUGAUGAUGGUUCAGGUUCUCAGCUGCAUUUCUUCUUUUUUUUUUUUUUUUUUUCAACGUUUUAGCUAAACUGAAGGCGAAGUGAAGUCGUUUAAUGUGCUUUUAUUUUGUGUUUUUUAUUUAUACGCUGAGCAGAACUUUACUUUCACGACUAUAAAGCCUGUUUUUAUUUGCUUGAAUUCAUCCAGAUGAGUUUCUAAAAGAUUUACUGGAGGGAAAUCUCACACAAUGCCGAAGUUUUAGCUUCCAGGUGGAAAAAAAAAUGUGAUUAGGCAUGAAGAACAAAUCUUCAGAAAACAAUGUCCCAGCGAUUCACUCAGACUGCCGCUCCACAUGUGUAGAAAGAAGUGAACUGAAUAGAAAUUGGUCUUAAAAAAGAGGAGCUGAUGUGGACAUUAGAAGAACAGGGAUCCAGUCCGGUGGAGGAAAGUGAAAUCUGAAGAUUCACGAUGUUACAUUUCAGCUCAGCUCACAAGACUCAGAUUUUUCACUCUGAAUUUUCGUUUUUCGCACCGUCUCUGCGUUUGAUCGUCACGCCCAGCACGUUUUACCUUCUUCUUCAGCUGCUUUCGCGCUUGUGGUUUGACGUGUUACAGGAUUUAGUUCUCGUUAAAAAAAAAAAAUCAAGACCGUCACCUUCAUCGUCCUCGUCUCAGAAGCAAUAUUCCUGCAGGGAGCCCUUCGACAUCGACACAAACCGCACAGGUUCCCAAAGUCAUGGAAGCGGCAAGUUUACUGCACAGAGAAGAAAAACACACACACACACACACACACACACACACACACACACACGAUGCACAUCAGUACUUUCAACAGUAUUUCGGAUGUCGACUGAUGCUUUUUUUCGUAUGAAUCGAUUGUUUCACUCUUUUUUUUUUUUUUUUAUAGAUCUGUUCUCAAUGCGUCAUGACAAAAGACUAUUUUCAUUUUUCACCUCAAGCUUCUAAUCUUGACAAUCUGAAAAAAAUACUGAAUUUAUUCCUCUCCUGAAUGUACAGUUGGAUGUUUUUGUACGUUGGAAUCAAAAUUCAGUUGAAAAAAAAAAAACCGAAACAUUCGAACCUGGUUUCCGCACUUUAAAGCCGGUUUCAAACAGCAGCUUUUCCCGCUCGCGGCUCAGAUUUGAAGCGUGCGUCGUCUGACGUGAAGCCCACUCGGUACGUGAAGAGAAACGUUCUCAGCAUCAUCGUCAUCUUCAUCAUGGAGGAGGAAGACCAAAGUGCUUAUUUAAGUUUAGUUUGUCUCUGCUGGGAGAAGAAUGUAUUUGUAGCUUCAUGCUUUAAGAUCUUUUUUUGUUUCCCUUUGGAAAAAAUCUUUUUAUUUUUGUUGUUGUUGUUGUUGUUCUCUCAUGGUUCAUUUGUAAAGUUUGUUUGUUCUUGGCGAUCACCAUGACGAGAGGCACCUUUUACUGUUUUUAAGGAACAAAUUCUGUAUGAGAGCGAAUCUUGGUUCAAGACUCUGUGUUUGUGAUGCUGUUUUCAACGAGUCCGAGUAUUUAGAGUUAGUGUUUUUUUGUUUUUUUUUGGUGAACUUGUCUGUCCACAAGGUCUACAUUUUUAUAAGAAAAAUAAAAAGUGGAUGUUGGAUUUGGA